UUUAGUGCGCGCAAUGAACUUUGGUGGUGAUUUCCCGCACCCGCUUUCCACAAGCUUCCCUUCCCUCGAGCCCGGAAGCCCCAACCCAGCCAACCCGAAGGGCAUGGUCAAGUAACCCAACCAUGGUUAGCUCCGGCCCCUUUAAAAGCCUCCCUCGCCGGGGCUCUACCCAUCUGCCCCACAUCUCUCACUAGCUCCUUGUGCCGUCGUGUGCCACCGCCACCACCCCUACUGCCUCACGUACCCCUGUUCUCUCCUCUCCUCAAGGAGGCGGGCGGCCAUGGCGACGCCGAACGGGCUGGCGCGGAUCGACACGACGCACGCGGAGAAGAAGGCGGCGGCCAAGCACGAGAACGGGAUCUGCCACGACGACAGCUCGGCGCCGGUGCGGGCGCAGAACAUCGACGAGCUGCACUCCAUGCAGCGGAAGCGCUCGGCGCCCACCACGCCCAUCAAGGACACCAGCGCCUCCCCCUUCGCCGUCGCCGUCUCCGACGAGGACCGCCGGAAGCAGCAGCUCCAGUCCAUCAGCGCGUCGUUGGCGUCGCUGACCCGUGAGACCGGGCCCAAGGUGGUGCGGGGCGAUCCGGCCAGGAAGGGCGAGGCCGCGGCCAAGACCGCGCCGGCGGCCGCGCCACCGCCGCCGCAGCCUCAUCACCACCACCACCACCACGUCGCACCCACCAUCAGCGUCAGCGACAGCUCCCUCAAGUUCACCCAUGUCCUCUACAACCUCUCGCCCGGCGAGCUGUACGAGCAGGCCAUCAAGUACGAGAAGGGGUCGUUCAUCACGGCCACCGGCGCGCUGGCGACGCUGUCCGGCGCCAAGACCGGCCGGUCGCCCAGGGACAAGCGCAUCGUCAAGGACGAGGCGGCGGCGCAGGAGCUCUGGUGGGGCAAGGGCUCGCCGAACAUCGAGAUGGACGAGCACACGUUCCUGACCAACAGGGAGAGGGCCGUGGACUACCUCAACUCCCUGGACAAGGUGUACGUGAACGACCAGUUCCUCAACUGGGACCCCGAGAACCGCAUCAAAGUCCGCAUCAUCUCCGCCAGGGCCUACCACUCGCUCUUCAUGCACAACAUGUGUAUACGUCCGACGGAGGAGGAGCUGGAGAGCUUCGGCACGCCGGACUUCACGAUAUACAACGCCGGCAAGUUCCCCUGCAACCGCUACACGCACUACAUGACGUCGUCGACGAGCGUGGACAUCAACCUGGGGCGGCGGGAGAUGGUCAUCCUGGGCACGCAGUACGCCGGGGAGAUGAAGAAGGGCCUCUUCGGCGUCAUGCACUACCUCAUGCCCAAGAGGCGCAUCCUCUCCCUCCACUCCGGCUGCAACAUGGGCCGAGACGGCGACGUCGCCCUCUUCUUUGGGCUCUCAGGUACUGGAAAGACGACGCUGUCGACUGAUCACAACAGGCUCCUGAUCGGCGACGACGAGCACUGCUGGAGUGACAAUGGCGUCUCCAACAUCGAGGGCGGCUGCUACGCCAAGUGCAUAGACCUCUCCCGGGAGAAAGAACCUGACAUUUGGAACGCCAUCAAGUUCGGAACAGUGCUGGAGAACGUUGUCUUCGACGAGCACACCCGCGAGGUCGAUUACACCGACAAAUCUGUCACAGAGAACACUCGUGCCGCGUACCCGAUCGAGUACAUCCCCAACGCUAAGAUACCGUGCGUCGGGCCACACCCCAAGAACGUCAUCCUCCUGGCCUGCGACGCGUUCGGGGUGCUCCCGCCUGUCAGCAAGCUGAACCUGGCGCAGACCAUGUACCACUUCAUCAGCGGCUACACUGCUCUCGUUGCCGGUACAGAGGACGGCAUCAAGGAGCCGCAGGCCACCUUCUCGGCCUGCUUCGGCGCGGCGUUCAUCAUGCUCCACCCGACCAAGUACGCCGCUAUGCUCGCCGAGAAGAUGCAGACGUACGGCGCCACCGGGUGGCUCGUCAACACCGGCUGGUCCGGCGGAAGGUACGGCGUCGGCAAGCGGAUCAAGCUGCCGUACACCAGGAAGAUCAUCGACGCCAUCCACUCCGGCGAGCUCCUCACGGCCAACUACCAGAAGACCGAGGUCUUCGGCCUCGAGAUCCCCACCGCCAUCGAGGGCGUGCCGUCUGAGAUCCUCGACCCGAUCAACACCUGGACGGACAAGGCAGCGUACAAGGAGACGCUCCUGAAGCUGGCCGGCCUGUUCGGGAAGAACUUCGAGGUGUUCGCCAGCUACAAGAUCGGGGAGGACAGCACCCUCACCGAGGAGAUCCUUGCUGCUGGACCCAAAGUCUGAUUUCCCGCCAAGCAGAUGAAAAGCGCGAUGCGGUGGAAUUGUGUUUUUUCAGAAUAAAGCAGUGGUGUGUGUGUGUGUGUGCUGUGUAGGUCGAUGAUGAUGACGAAAAAUGGGUCCAUGUGCGGGGGGUACUAGUAGAGUUGGUUCCGUAUAUUUUUCAUGCGCAAUGUUAAGUUUCUGUCACAGAUUGGUGCUUGUUUUGGCUAUGUAUAGAUGCACUGUGCUUUCAUAUUUGGAACUCGGAUCGGUCUGCCUGAUAUGAUCGUAUGAGUGUAUGACCCUGUCUUCUCCCCUGUUAAUGCAUAGCACCAUAUUAUUCUGCU